AUGUCCUCAAUAGAACUAUUAUCGCAAACAACUGCAGCGACUGAAGAAGAUGAUGAAGAAGAUAACAAUUUAGUGCAACCAUCAACUUCUCAUACCCCAAAACCUAUGGCAUUAUACCGUCGUCGUCCUGCUACAGAUUUAGCCAAGCGUCAAAUGACGUCCGCAUUUGGGCAAUUAACGAAUAUUUUAAACAAAAGACAGAACGAACGUCCACCACCACCACAGGAAGACGAUGAUUGCGAUUUAUUUUCAAAAUUAUUGGCAAAGAAAUUGCGGGAACUUCCCCCCGAUGAAAGAAAGCUGUUUAUGUACGACAUAGACACUCUAUUUAUUAAUAAGAUUAAGGAGAGGCUAGCUACACAUCAAACGCCAUCUCCCGUUUAUUCAGUUCCGUACCCGUCAUAUUCCGUAUUCUUGCCAAGUCCAUCACCAAGUCCAAACCGGCCUUCAACCUACCGAACUUCAUAUUCCGAACCCUUGCGAAAUGCAUCACCAAGUCCAAAACGGCCUUCAACCUCCCAAACUUCAUAUUCCGAACCCUUGCCAAUUAUAAAUAUUUUAGACCAACCUUCCACUUCUCGAAACACCAGUCAAACUUAUUAUGUAACCCAACCGGAUUUUAGAACCCCCACAAUUAAUAUUACAUCAAAUGAAGUAAUUGUACCACCAAGAGAAAACAUUGUAAAUGAAGCAUUUUUAAAGGCCUAUGAAGACUGA